AACAUGCCGGAUUCAGUAUUCUCCGCAGUAAAUUCGCAAUUAUAAAUUUUGUAUUCCGAUCAAAAGCUGUGUCUAUGAAUUUCUGUUAAAACCCGUCUCUGUUACAUAUAUAUACUCCAAUGGAAGACAAUGGAUAUUAUUCAUACGACGAUGUGGAAGCGGCAAGCAAGACGGCGGAAAUACAAUCCCAGAAGCGGCAGCGCCGUCGCGGAUUGAGGUGGUGGUAUAAGAUCCGGGGAAUCAGCGCCCAGAAAAUGCUCCAGGAAUGGAGGACCUUCAUUCGCCGGAUACAGGGAGCCGGAAGCAGGGGGCAGCGAGAAAGUUUCUGGUACGAUCCUCAGAGCUACUCGCUGAACUUCGAUCAAGGGCCGGAGGAAAAGGGCCGGAAUUUGGAGUGGGAAAAUGAGCACGGCUGCCGGAACUUCUCCGCCAGAUACGCGUCGGUUCCGGCAUCCGGAAUAGUCGCUACUGACCUCGGAAAAGAUGGGCCCAGCUUCAUGUGAGUGCGCGCCGUUGUUGAGAUAUCUGCGGCGGCGGUUGUACGUAUAGCGCACGACUUGGCUAUUGGCAUGCAGGGGUCAACGGUUAACUGCACAGUUAGUUAAGCACGAUUUACCUUUUCUCAUGAUAAAAUAAUACGAAGUUAUACAGUAGUUUUUGCUUCUUUAUUACGUAUAAAGUACGGAUUACAAUCCCACAUUCCCC